UCAAUGUGUAUUUGUGCGGAAUACGACUUGCAGUCAGCAAUGAAAUUAAAGCAGCUAGACAUGGAGUACGGCGAGAAGCUGACAAGUGUUGAACAGGGUGAGUUAAAAUCAACUGGCCUCAGGAGUACCUAUGUAGUUGCAGGUCGCUCGCCACUCAAGUUCACGCUCAACACAUCUCAACUGGUGCCCUCCACUCGAUGUACUACCGGCCAGCCAAUAAAAUUGAAUUCGGAUUACGUGCCAGAAAGCAGUGACGAGAGAAAUGAAAAUAAGAUCGAAAAUGAUGUUCAGAACAUGGAUGGUAGUAUAACCACAAAGAAGUCGUAUAUAGCGCCAUCUCCAGCUGAUAAUCCACAUUAUAUUGAUGAUGAAAGAUAAAUUUUAUUUCAUUUA